UAGGAAAAACCCUUCCAUUGCUUUUGCCAAACAGACUCCUAAAAGAAAGACGGGGUUAAUUUAAUCUUCCUUUCCUGGGAUUAUCAGAGAAGAAAAAUGAAGGUCGUGAUCAGCAUCUUUCUACUGGUGUUAACAUGCAGCCAUGCUCUCGAGAGAGGACGAGAUUACUUCCAAGAGAAAAUCUGUCAAGAAUUCAACAGCUUGGGAAAAGAUAAGUUCCGUAGCAUAUCAAUUGUCUUGAACAGCAGAAAGUAUUCCAGUGCUACAUAUGAAGAAGUAAUCAGCAUUGUGAAUGAAAUUGUGGCACUUGCAGAAAAAUGCUGUGUUGAAGGGGCUGACGCCGAGUGCUAUACCACUGAGUCUUCAGCUCUCUCAGCCAAAUCCUGUGGUCCAAAUUCCCCUUUCCCUAAGCAUGCAGACACACCUAAAUGUUGCACUGAGGAAGGCCUGUCUCGAAAACUCUGCCUGGCAGCCUUGAAACAUCCACCUAAGGAGUUCUUCACAUAUGCAGAACCAUCUAAUGAUGAACUCUGUGAAGCCUUCAAGAAGGAUCCCAUAGAAUUUGCAGAAAGGUUUCUAUAUGAGUAUUCCAGUGACCAUAGCCAUACUCCAUUGCCAUUGCUGCUGACGUCUACGACAACCUACUUGUCCAUUGUUGGAACUUGCUGUGCCCAUGCACAACCCGCAGUCUGCUUAUUGAAAGAGAGGCUAGAAAGGAAAUCUCUUCGGACACUUACACAUCUAUCCAACAAAGCAUGCUCCCGCUAUGCCUUGUUUGGGAAAGCUAAAACAAAGCUCAGCUAUUUCAUAACAUUUACCCAGAGAAGUCCAAAUGCUUCCUUUGAAGAUAUCUUAUCGCUAGCUGAAGAUUCUGCUGAAGUGCUUUCCAAGUGCUGUGAUUCUUUGGAAGAGGACUGCAUCCAGAAGGGAGUUCUGGCACACACAGCCAAAAUCUGUGAAAAACUUCCAGCUAGGGAUGAAAGAGUUGAACAUUGUUGCUCUGAAGUAAAUGGCUUGAGGAAAUAUUUAUGCAUCUAUUCGCUUCCUUGGGCCAAACCUGUUGAUCUUCCCGAUUAUGUACCAUCAAGUGAAGAAGUCCUCUGUGGUGAAGGGCAAGAGAGAGCACUCUAUGACUAUGUAUAUUACAUGACUCGGACUUUUCCACGUGCUCCAGAAGCUAUUCACACUGCCUUAUAUGAUGCUGGCCAAAAGGUAGUGAAUGCCUGCUGCAGUGCCCCAGAUGUCCAUGCUUGUUUUAAUCAGAAGAGACCUGAGGCAACAAGUGAACUAUUUCAAUUGCUCUCCAAAGGGAAUCAGCUCUGUGAUGCUUAUACAGAUCAUCCAUUCCUAGAUUUCAAGAAGAGGCUAAGAGAGGCUUUUAUCAAGAUGUUUCCCACUGCUACUGAAGAUACCAUUUCCACAAUGAUUGAGCAGAGGGCCACUUUCGCCUCCACCUGUUGCCUUUUGAAUGCACCUCCGUUAUAUUGCGGAUUGAAGGUAAAAACCGAAGUUGCACAGACAUGUACUGCUGACCUCUGUAUGAAGAACUAAUUGUGGGAAGAUGAUCGAGAAAUGCUUGUUAGAAGCUCAGAUGCAACAUGAAAAGCUUUAAGGGACAGAACACCUGUCUGUGGCUUUUAUCACGCCUGUGGUACCACUGCUGCCUUCCAACAUAUGUAUUACCUUUUGAAGUCAUAAUAAAGGCUCUAUUCUUA